ACUCCUGUCUGAAGAGUGAUACCCGUUCUAUCGACGAAGCUGGAGACGAGCAGAAACUGAAUUAGCAAAAACACAAGCUGAUAUCGUAGUAUCUUUGGGUAAAACCUUAAAAAGGCAAAUAGUUUAUUUUCGUAAACGGUCGCGAGGUCAUUCUGAUGUGUGUUUGCUGGUAUUUCCUCAAAUUGCUGUUGUACAACGUCUACAACGAAGCAAACAAAUUGAACGUAUUCGAAUCGAAUGGCCACUAUGGAUGACUUUUGCGGAUCUCCCUUCUGGGUAGUUUCGCUAUCAUGGCGGACUAACGACACAUCACCAGAUCUCCCCAUAUGCUUUCAACAAACGGUAGUUGCGUGGCUUCCAAUUAUUUUUAUAUGGAUUACGGCACCGAAGGAAUUUGUAAUGUUGAGGUCCCAGCCGCGACUUCAUUUCGUCACCAAUACUCCAUGGACUUGGUUUGGCCUAGGCCGAACGAUAAUAAGCGGUGCAGUGUUUGUUGUAAGCCUUUUCGAAUUCCUGUUCAUGAUGAUACAGUUGGACACUGGCCAGCCAUUGCCACUCGUAUACGUCGUGACACCUUUCGUGAAAGCGAUAGCUGUUCUUUUAGUAUUUCUUCUCAUGAUGGCUAGUAAGAAAAUCGGCCGACGUAAUUCAGGAGGACCAGUUUGGCUCUUUUGGUUCUUUACGUUCGUCUCUGGCUGCUUCACCUACCAGACAAUCCUUAGAUCUUCCGAUACUGGUUACCUUUUUACUUACGGUCCCAAGAUAUUCAGUAGUAACAGUGCGGUGCUGGCCAUGUUUGUAAUUUGCCUUACGACCCAGUUUUAUCUGGUCAUUGCUAACGUGGUACUCUUCAGCUUUGCGGAUCCUCCGCCGAUUCGGGUCGAAGAGACAGUUAUCAAAGAUCGGCUUUCGAUGAGAAGGCCGGACAAGGUGGCGUCGUUUCCAUCGCAACUGUUGUUCUCAUGGGUCACACCUCUUAUGUACCGGGCGUUAAACGAAAGUCUUGAAAUUGAUGACCUUCCGACCACUGACAACGAACUUCUAUGUGAGAACGCUUUUCAAGAACUCAACCGGCGCUUUAUACAGAAGGAACCUGGAAAGCCGAUCGCAAGGAGCAAGCGGAAUGUUGUUGGAGCUCUUUGGAGAACAUUCAACAUCGAAAUUUUACAGGGCUUGCUGAUGAGUGCCGUGAACGAUCUACUUCAAUUUGCACGAAUUGCUAUAUUCCAAGCUAUGAUCAACUUGCAGAACACUACGACCACCGGAAGCCAAUUCGAAAAACAGUGGAAGUUCGUGUUUUACGGGGCAAUUUCAUUCAUUCUGGUCUCUGGUCAGGCAAUAGGUUCUUCCUACUACAUUUACCAUAUGCAAAGCAUUGCCAUUCGGGUACACACAGCUUUGAUGUCGGCUGUUUACAGGAAAGCCUUGGUCUUAGCAAGCACUUCAAAGACGUCGAGCGGUGAGCUCAUUAAUUUAAUGGUAGAAGAUUCAUCUAGGCACAAAGAGCUGGUGAUGAUUGGCAACGCGGUUGUUUCAGCUGUUAUAAAGAUUUCACUCAAUAUAGUGUAUCUCUACACAAUUAUUCAGUGGUCGUUGUUUGCUCCAAUUGUCUUCACGAUCUUACUGACGCCUAUAAAUUUCUGGAUAAUCACAGUCGUGACCAAACAUCAGAUGGCCAUGGCGAAGUUGAGAGACGAUCGCUUCCAGAUAAUGAACGAACUUGUCGGUGGUAUGAGGGUCCUGAAGCUUUAUGGAUGGGAGUUAGGUUUCCGUGACAUUAUACAAAUGAUCCGAGUAAAGGAGGUGAAAAUGAUCCGUAAGGUUCAGUCAGCCAUGGCUCUACUGAUAAUUCAAUGGCGAUUAGCACCAGUGUUUAUGACAAUGGCAGCUUUCUAUUGUUAUGUUCUUGUCAACGAUAACAAAGGAAUGGAUUCCGAUAUCGCAUUCAUCGGAUCCCAGAUCAUCGCUGAGUUGGGGAUGUCCAUCGCAAUGGUACCACAGAUCUUCACUACGAUAUACCAGAGUCGCAUAAGCGUUCGUAGGAUGAAUGCAUAUCUCAAUUCCGAUGAGAUUGAUCCGUACGUUAUUCGUAUCGUAGAAACAGGCUCCGCUGAUCGUAAUGCCACAACGCUGCUAGUAGAGAAUGGAACGUUUGCAUGGACCAGGUCACUCGGGAAAGGCGAAAAGCAGUUUGUCCUGCGUGAUAUCAAUAUAGCGGUCAAGAGAGGUCAAUUGCUUGCUGUAGUAGGCGCAGUCGGCUCAGGAAAAAGUACUCUACUUAAUGCGAUUAUGGGAAACUUGACGAAGCUCAGCGGACGGGUGUCGGUUUGCGGUAAGAUAGCAUACGUUCCACAGCAAGCAUGGAUCUACAAUGUGAGCCUUCGUGACAACAUCCUAUUCACGAAGCCUUUCGACAAAGAAAAAUACGGCAAGAUCCUCAAGGCUAGCGCACUUCUCCCCGACAUGAAAGUUUUGCCUGCUGGAGACCUGACCGAAAUUGGUGAGAAAGGAAUUAAUCUGUCGGGUGGCCAAAAGCAACGAAUUUCGAUUGCGCGCGCCUGCUACGCCGAGGCAGACGUCUACCUUUUUGAUGAUCCUCUUAGUGCGGUUGACGCGCACGUCGGAGCACAUCUUUUUGAACAAGUGUUGGGACAUUCUGGAAUAUUGGCAGACCGGACCAGAGUGUUAGUAACACACAGCGUAUCAUUCCUUCCGUUCGUCGAUCAUAUCGUUAUGCUAAAGGAAGGUAGAAUAAUUGAACAAGGCACGUUUAUUCAACUUGUGAAAACUAAUGGCGCAUUCAGCGAACUUGUUCGACAACUGGAGGGUCAGCAGGAUAAGGAAGGUGCAGCCGGGCCGUCAAAGGAAACAGCAGAUUUUGAGGGAAUCAGCGCGCUAGGAGCAAAUGUCUCGAAGAGAGCUGCGCAACUCACACAGGCAGAAGAUGUGAAAGUUGGUGCGGUGGAAUGGCAUGUUUACUUUGGUUAUUUGAGUGCCAUUGGAUGUUUGUGGCCAACAGCGAUCCUAUUUUUCUCCGUACUAUCGGCUGUCCUGUCUUUCGUGUCCUUAAUAUGGUUACAUUACUGGGCUCGUGAUCUGCCUGGACCAGAUGGAAAGGUGAACGUCCCACUACGAAACAAUCGUAUGAUGGUGUAUGGAUUGCUGGGAAUUGCCAAUGCCGCGGCUCUUCUACUAUGUUCAGUUGGUCGAAAUUAUGCGUCAAUUAAGGCCGCAGUAACGUUCCACACAAAAGUCCUGUAUAGCGUUCUGCGUUCCCCGGUCAGCUUUUUCGAGACGACACCGCUGGGCCGAAUUGUAAAUCGUUUUGCGAAGGAUAUCACCAUCGUUGAUCUAAUGGUAGCGGAUACGUUACACAUGUGGGCUUUCGCGAUCAUCCAGUUAUUAGUCGCCAUCUUUAUGAUAGGCGGACAUAUACCGAUGUUCAUCACUUCGGCAGUACCGCUUGCCGCUUUAUAUUAUGGCUUUCAACUGCUUUACAUUGCACUGUCCCGGCAGCUUCAGCGACUGACUUCAAUUUCGUUUUCGCCAAUUUUCUCACAUUUUACUGAAAGUUUUUCUGGUAUCUCAAUCAUUCGGGCAUUUGAAGUUGAGAAAGCGUUCGUUAAGGAGUCAUGCAAGCGUCUUGAUGAAAGUGUGCGAUGCACUUACGCCAGUCUCGCUGCCGAACGAUGGCUUAGUGUUCGGAUGGAGGUAUGUGGCAGUCUAGUAGUUCUAUUCGCCUGUUUGGUUAUGGUCUACUAUGGCGAAAAAAUCUUAAGCGCAGAGAAUGUUGGCAUGAUAUUUUCAUUUGCUAUGAGAGUCACCGCAACGCUAAAUGGAAUCGUCCGGAGUAACUCACAAAUUGAAACUGCUUUCGUCUCCGUUGAACGUCUUAUCGAGUACAUGAAUCUCCCAAGUGAGGCUGAAUGGUCAAUACGAGGUCAAAAGCCACCUGAAGAAUGGCCUACUAAGGGUAAAGUUGUCUUCAAAAACUAUUCGACGCGUUACCGAAAUGGACUUCCUCUCGUCCUAAAAAACAUAUCGGCAACAAUUCGCGCCGGUGAAAAGGUAGGCAUUGUGGGUCGUACAGGCGCCGGGAAAUCAUCACUCACCCUGGCGUUGUUUCGCGUUCUGGAGCCAGCCAGUGGAAAAAUCAUCAUUGAUGGAAUUGAUAUCCGCGACAUCGGCCUUCAUGAUCUCCGGCACCGACUGACUAUCAUUCCACAAGAUUCGGUUCUCUUUCGUGGCUCACUACGUCUCAAUCUUGAUCCGCUUCGUAUGUACAAAGACGAAGAGCUAUGGCGUGCGCUUGAGCUGGCAAAUCUGAAGACAUUUGUCAGCAAGCUGCAAUCUGGUACAGAUACGAAAGGCCUGAGUUUUCUGGUGGCAGAGGGUGGGACAAAUCUCUCGAUGGGGCAACGCCAGUUGUUGUGUCUCGCUCGUGCGUUGCUACGCAAAAGCCGUAUUUUAGUCAUGGAUGAGGCAACGGCUGCUAUUGACCAGGAGACGGACGAAUUGAUCCAGAAAACUAUUCGAAAAGAGUUCCAGUCCUGUACCGUCCUGACCAUUGCGCAUCGCUUAAACACUAUUAUUGACUAUGACAGGAUAAUGGUUUUCGAUAAAGGCCGAGUGGUGGAAUUUGGGAAACCGGCAACACUCCUUCAGGAUCCAAACGGCAUUUUUUAUAGUAUGGCGAAGGAAGCUAACCUCCUGGCGGCAGUCGUCGAUAGGCCGACUGGUGCCGUUUCGCGGACACGCUAGUCUUGGCCGGCUCUGAAGUUACAAUGAA